AUUAAACACUACUUAGAAGAAGAACAAGUUUUCAAGGAGAUUGAGGAAGUCCAAGGAAGCUCGAAGAGUCCACUCAAGUUCUAGGCCACGCAAAUGUCGGACGUUGAAGAUAAUUCCGCGGACUUACCCAAGCAAGUUAUGGAUAUCAUCAAAGCUGCUGAAACCGUUAUCCAGAGUCGGGAUGACAACACCCCUGAACAAAUAAUUGAGCUUUUGAAAACUUUCGUAAGAGAAUUCAAAAAAUUUGCCACGCAAAUGUCGGACGUUGAAGAUAAUUACACGGACUUACCCAAGCCAAUGGAUAUCAUCGAAUAUGCUGAAACCGUUAUGAAGAUUCUGGAUGACAAUACCACUGAACAAAAAAUUAUGGCUUUGACAAAUAUCCUCGCCCUACUCGAAUAUUAUGAAAGGACUGCUUCUGGCUCAGAGAAAAAAAUUGGAAAAAUAAAGGUUUUAUUAUCAAAGGAAAUUGGUCGAAGUGCCAACGGGACUAUUGUAUAUGAGGGGUAUUAUGAAGAGAGACAAGUUGCAGUGAAAUGCCUUACCAAAAAUACUUUUAAACGUGACCUGAAAGCUCAAAGAGAAACCAAGACUCUCAUAGCAUCUGAUCGUAGCCAAAAUAUUGUGACGUAUUAUGGGAAGGAAGCGGACGAUGAUAAUAUCUAUCUUGCUCUAGAGCGUUGUGAUUGCAAUUUAGAUAACCUCAUUCAAAUGUAUCCUAAGAAUUCCUCUCGACAUAAGCGCCCUUUAUCAAAAGGCUUGAAAGAACUGAAGAAAACUAUAGGAGAUAUUAAGCUUUGGAAGGAAAAUACAUGCCGUCCGUUUCCUAUAUUACGGGACUUGAUGAGGGGCAUGGUUUCUGGGCUUAAUGUGCUUCACAAGUCGGGUAUAGUUCACCGACACUUAAAGCCACAAAACAUUUUUAUAAUUCAUGAAAGCGGAACUUUAUGUGCAAAGCUUGGUGAUAUGGGCAUUAGCAGACGACUUCGUGGUAAUAAGCGAGUGUUGACUCCCCAUAUUAACUCUCCUGCAUACAGAAAUCAUGGCUGGAAAGCACCCGAAGAGCUUCUUGAUGGCCAACAAACAACUGCAAUGGAUUUGUUCACUUUAGGUUGCAUCCUAUUUUUUUCCAUCACUGGUGGUAAACAUCCAUUUGGGGAACAAGAUCGGAAUAUUAAGAGUAAAGAUUAUAAGCCAGACUUGCAUUUGAUAGAAAAGUUCCCUGAAGCUGUUGAUCUUAUUUCUUCUUUAAUAAAAUUUGAGGCUGGGGAGAGGCCACAAGCAAAUAAGGUGCUGCAUCAUCCACUGUUCUGGGACGCGAAGAAGAGACUUGAGUUUCUCUGCGCCACUAGUAACAGUGUAACCAAGGAAUCUACUAGUCUUUCGGACAACAAGAAGACUACUCUUUUGAGUAGGCUUGAAUCUACUGCAAUUAAAAUUUUAGGUAAAUUUAGUCCGGGAAAGGUUAAAUAUUGGAGCGAACAGAUCCUUAACGAUAAAAUCAAGCAAGACUACCCGUACAUCUUAUGGGGUUACAAGUUUGGCAGUGUCCAGCACUUGUUGCGAUUCAUUCGAAACAGACGUGCUCAUUAUGAAGAUGAUCCAAAAGAAAUCCAGGACCAUUUCGGAACGAAAAAUGAAGGAUUCGAUGACUAUUUUACAAGUCGAUUCCCAUUACUUUUUUUUGAAGUGUACAAUGUUGUGCGUGACUGCUGUAGAGAAGAUGCGCUCUUCAAGGCAUUUUUCUAA